AUGGAUUCGGAAUCACAAGAUACAAUAAAAAAUGAUUCGUCAUUAACUAGAAAAUUAAUUUCUUUACUUCAACGUCUUUUAUAUGAUAUAUGGACAAGUCCAAUAAAUCUUCUUCUUGCUAUUUUAAUUAUAUGUUUACUCGUUAGAUUAUUUUUAUUAAAACGCAAAUCAUCAAAUAAUGCUAGUCGAAAACAAGCACAAGUACAAUUACCAAAAAUGCCUAAAUGUGAUUUCACAGUACCAGAAUUACGUGGUUAUAAUGGUAUUGAAUCAAAUGGAAGAAUUCUUACAGUUGUUUAUGGAGAUGUAUUUGAUGUUAGUCAACGAAGUGAUCUAUAUGGAAUAGGCGGAUCAUAUUCAUUAUUUGCUGGACGUGAUGCUACACGAGCAUUAUCUAAAAUGCAAUUGGAUCCAUCAUUAUUUUCAAAUGAAUAUGAUGAUCUUUUUGAUAUUACUGAUAAGGAACGAGCUACAGCUAGAAGUUGGCAUGAAGAUUUUCGAGAAAAAUAUGAUAUUGUUGGACAUCUUCUAAAACCAGGAGAAAAACCAAGUGUUUAUCCACCUGAAGAUACAGCUGUUGAUGGUGGUUAUAAUAUAAGUGACAAGAAAAGAGAAUGA